AUGGAUCACAUUGAGAACUUCGAAGACCUGGCCAGCAGCAUCAAAGCCGAUGGCGUGAGCAUGGACUACCUUCUCUGCAAGCUUUUCCCUUACUCUCUUGCUGGGGAUGCAGCUUACUGGCUAAAGCAGUUGCAACCAGGAUCUUUGACAAACUGGGAGGAUACUAAGAAAGCCUUUCUGAACAAUUUCUAUGAUGAUGCAAUGUCUGAGGAGGCAAGGAACAACAUCUCUACAUUUCGUCAAGGACCUACUGAAGCGUUCAAGGCGGCUUGGGUUCGAUUCAGAGGCAUUGAUUGGCAGUAUCAGAUGGCUCUCGAUGCUGCGAGCAAUGGGAAUUUCAACACCAGGUAUCCACAUCAGGCUUACCAACUUAUUGAGAACUUGGCAUCUAGCAAUAGUACCAAGAAUGCUGAUUUAGAGAGGAAGAAGCUAGGUGGAAACAUGGAUAGAAGUCAAAUUGCUGAGGUUAAGGCUAAGUUAGAUUCUGUGCAUGGCCUUCUUGUGGGAAAGAAAUCAGUUCAAUUUGCUGCUGAGGUUGAAAGUGUGGAUGAAGAAGAUGUUAAUUUCAUCAAUGGAGCUGGGUUUCAAGGACAGAGAUGGGCCAAUCAACAAGGAUAUAAUUCCUCUUAUCAUAAGCCUUAUGGUUCUUCUUCUUACCAGAAACCUCCUGAACAAGACAAUGAGAUGAAGUCAAUGCUUAAGCAACUUCUAGAAGGUCAGCAAAACAUGACUGUGAGCUUUAAUGGAAGGAUGGAUGCCAUGUACCAAGACUUGAAUGGGAAAUUUGAAGCUUUGAGCACACAUGUGAAGAAGUUGGAUGUUCAAGUUGCUCAAAGUGCUGAGUCUAUCAAAAGACAAGAGGGUUUUCUUCCUGGAAAGACCAAUAUCAAUCCCAAACAUUCAUGUCAUGCUAUUAUGGUGGAAACUGGAGCCAAUUUCGUGGAUUUUGAGAAGACUGCAACUGAUUUUCGCACUGCAGAAGUUGUCGGGCGACACCACUGA